CCAGAAGCAUGUAGGAGCCUCUCCCCUCGGCUGCUGCGCCAGACACAGAGGCAGACUCAGAGGACACCCGAGACACCAUGAAGAGCCUGCUCCCUCUGGCCAUCCUGGCUGCGCUGGCCGUGGCAGCCCUGUGCUAUGAAUCUCACGAAAGCAUGGAAUCCUAUGAAAUCAGUCCCUUCAUCAACAGGAGAAAUGCCAACACCUUUAUAUCCCCUCAGCAGAGAUGGCGCGCUAAAGCCCAAGAGAGAGUCCGGGAACGCAACAAGCCCGCCCACGAGAUCAACAGGGAGGCCUGCGAUGACUACAAGCUGUGCGAGCGCUAUGCCAUGGUCUUUGGCUACAAUGCUGCCUACAACCGCUACUUCAGGCAGCGCCGGGGAGCCAAAUGAGAGCGCAAAUGAGAGCGCAAAUGAGAGCGCAAAGAAACAGUCGUUCUGUCGUGCUGUCCCAUUUUAUAUCCCCUGCAGUAGCAUUACUGAAGUAAGCAGAUACAUUGUGUCGCUUGUUCCUUACAUGAUACGCUGUCUGGCUGGCCCACUCCUUCCUUCCGCGGGUUGAAAGUAAUGAAAGAACAGUAUUAAGAAAUGUGUUUAUAUAUAAUAAAAUUCUGGUUUGAUACUUUCA